UGCAACUUUGCAGGAUAACGCCAACCUCUCAAUACUGUGUUUUUACUCUCUCUCUCUCUCUACAAUGCUAUCAUCGCAUUAGAGUUACCGGUUAUCACCAUUCUAGUGACCCUCUUUCUGAAUCUUCAUCGAUCUCUGACGAAACUACUCCGAAGCCAGCAUGUGAAGAAGAUAAAAUUGGAAGGUGAUUAAAGAAAAAGGUAAGAAGAUGUCCACAAGUAGAAACAGCCAUUGGUGUUACAGUUGCAGGCAAACUGUGAGUAUAGAGGGAAGGCGGGCAAGUUGUGGUGAAUGUGGCGGAGGAUUUGUGGAGGAACUUAACAACGACACAAUCCACCUAGAUUCUUCGACAGAAGGAAACAACAACUUUGGAGAUGAUAACAACCAUGGACCAACAGGGUUUAUGGACACAUUCAUGAAUUUCAUGAGAGAUCGAAUAGCAGGAAGAGGACUAACCAACUUGGAUUCUCAUGCUAGAGAAGCAAAUACGAUGAUGUUCAACAGUCAAACUCAAGGGGGGUCUGGAUAUGGUAGUUUUGCUCCUUGGUUGAUUUUCAGAGGCCAAACUAACGAUGAAAACAUAAGUAGUAGCCUUGAACGGGUUCUUAAUGAAGCUAUUGGAUUUAGAAAUGGAAAUGGGGGUGAUUAUUUUGUUGGUCCAGGUGUGCCUGAGUUCAUUGAGGAGUUGACCCGUGGCGAACAUCAUGGAGGAGGAGCUCCCCCUGCAUCUAGAUCAACAAUUGACGCUAUUCCUUGUAUAAGAAUUUCACAUAGACAUGUUCGGUCUGAUCCAUAUUGUGCUAUUUGUACAGAUAAGUUUAAGAUUGGAUGUUAUGCUAAGGAAAUGCCUUGUAACCAUAUAUAUCACCCAGAUUGCAUUGGUCCAUGGCUGGAGCAGCAUAAUUCUUGCCCAGUUUGCAGACAAGGAUUGCCACCACAAAGCAGAAACAAUAAUAGGAGUAGCAGUUCAAGCAGUAGCAGCAGGAUGGAGAAUCCGAGGACAAGGAAUGUGUUUUCUUCAAUAUGGCCUUUCAAGUCACGGAAUAUAAACAGGUUAACCGGAGCCAAAAGCAGCAGCUCAUCAUCCUCAAAUGCUCAACAGUUUGAAGCUAGUGGAUAUCCUACACAGCCAUUUUAAGAUAUAAGUAAGAAAUAAAAGAUGGGAAGUUUUCUUUUUUGCAUUUCAGUGUUUGACAUUUCUGUUUGACCUUUUGCUCAUGAAGUGUUCAAGCUAACAGUUGUGUUUUAUGUUUGUUCAUGUUUGGUACUUUUGGAACUUGUUUGA